AUGGCGCGGCCAUUGCAGAGUAUGUGCGACCAGAGGUACAGAGGAGCGCUGCUGCUCUUCCUGGCGGGCGGAGCGCACUCAGCGUGGGUCGCGGGCGCGGUGUCUGGCCGCUCUCGCCAUGGCGUCGCGCUGGCCGAGCGGGGCGGCAGUGGCGGCGCUGGGCGUGGCGCCUCAUUGUGCAUGGUGCAGACGGUUGCUCCGGGAGCAACGCCGGGGGCUGGGAGGGCCGCGGCGCCGUCGACCGACGCGGAGGGGCCGCCGCUGCCGCUGACCGCUGGGGAGCGCUUCGCGCUAGACGAGAAGACGAUGUCUCCGGCGGCGCUUGCGCGGAGAGAAGAGCAGCUCGAGCGCUCGUAUGAGCUGUGCCGCGAGAUCACGGCGCACUACUCGAAAACGUUCUUCAUGGGGACGCGGCUCUUCCCGCCCGACAAGGCCCGCGCCGUGUGGGCCGUCUACGCCUGGUGCCGCCGGACGGACGACAUUGUCGACAAGCCGCGCGCAGACCGCACCUCGCUACGCACGGAGCUGACGGAAUGGCAGCGGCGGCUGACGGACGUCUGGGAGGGGAAGCCGUACGACUUGAUAGACCUCGCGCUCGCCGACACAGUCCGCAAAUUCCCCGCCCUGACCAUCACCCCCUUUGAGGUGAAACAAAACCCACCGGGUCUUUCUCUGCCAUAA